AUGUAUCCCUACUAUCACCUCCGUCGUCCGUCCCGCAUCUUGUGGUUCGUCCUCGGUGCGGGUGCAGCCACUUUCUGGCACUGCAGCCGCCAGAUGCGCGAGCAUCGUUCUCAGUACUUUCCCUGCGUCAUGCAGGCGCGUCGGGUAGAAGGAGGCGGCGAACACCCCACUCCCCCUGUCUACUCCAAGUCUGAUGCGGAUGCUCCUGCACCCCAUGAACACAGGUGGAACUUUAUACACAGGAGCCAGCCUGAUCGUAAUUGGGAUGGAACUGCAGGCUGGAAUCAACGACAGUGGGAGGAGGACAAGGAGCGACUCAAGGAGAUUCAGAAGCGCGCAGAGGAUGCAAUGCUUGAUAUGUCUGAAUCUACCCUAGAGUCCAUCGUCUCUACCGUGGAAUCACUGAAAACCAAACUCGCCCAGCACAAAGACCAACGCGAACAACAGCGAAAGAAAUACGAAGAAGAACUCGAGAGGCAAGAGAAACAACCUCGUCGAUAUGUAUAA